AUGGCAAUGCUGUCUAACAAGCGAAAUGAAAAGCUGUUUAUCGUAUUGGAUGCGGAUGAACAGUGUAAUUCAGUAGUCAGUUUAGCAUGCCAUACUGCCGUUGAUCUUGGAUCGCUCAUGGGGGAUGGCGUACCUGAACAGCUUCUUCAACGUUAUGCACAAUUUUGUGAUCGCCAUCUUUCGGUGCCUCCCGCCAUUCACAAGAACGAGGCGUUCCCAGAGCAUCGCACUAACUUCUUCCAACUUAUUCAUGCGCUCACUGUGGAAUAUUUCCCGGUUUUCCUCGCGUUGCCCUAGGAACAAAUCAGUUACAUCAUUGAUGCUGUUGUGUGAGCACUCCAGCAUUUGAUGCGCAACGUUGCUGAAAUUGGUCUCAACAUUCUGAAGAAUCAGCUAGAUCAAGUAGAACAUCUUCCAUGUGAUCAGUCACAGCCAUUCUAUUAACGAUUUUACAUGCAAAUUCUUCAACAUGUUCUAGCAGUGUUGCGGAUAGCAGUCAGGUCCAUGUAGCUGCUGGGUCCUUUCAUUUCCCAUCUCUUUUUGAUUAUGUUGUUCAAAAUGAAGAUCAUGAACACCGCUUCAGUCCCUUGGUCGCUUUUUGUCACUUUUUUUCUAAUCUAGUGCUGAU